AUGUCAACCACAGCCUCGACAAGCGACACAGGUCUACGAGGUCCUAUCCCCCGCGAUGCGCGCUUGAUUGCCCUCAUCCUAUCCUCAAUGGGUCUUUCGGACGUUGAACCAUCCGUUCUACUGCAACUGCUCGAAUUCGCACAUCGAUACACCCACGAUGUCCUUUGCGACGCACUCGUCUACUCUGACCACGCCAACUCUCGCCAAGCUUCCUCCUCUCUUUCCCUCGACGAUAUCAAUCUUGCAAUUCAGUCACGUGUGAAUUAUAGCUUUACUCAACCUCCCGAAAAAGAUAUGCUUCUCGGUCUAGCAAGUGCAGUGAACUCUAUCCCACUACCACCGAUAUCAGAUAGACACGGUGUGAGGCUGCCACCGCAAAACCAGUGUUUGACGAACGUAAACUUCAGGGUAGUUCCUAAUGCGCUCCCGGAAGGGUAUGAUGAUUUUGAAGAAACCCAAGCAACGGCGGGUGGCGAGGCUGGGGGAGCUUCGCAGGGAACAAACGAAAGUACGCAGAAUUCGGCAUUGUUCGAUUCAAAUACGAGAAGGGAGCAACAGGGUGUAAGAGAUGGCGCAGGGGAUGAUUACGAUGAUGAUGAAGACGGGGAGGGGGAGGACGGAGAUGUUAGUAUGACGACUGUUCAUCCUAGUCAGUCUCAUUCUCAGUCUACAGGCGGAUUGGGGACACAGGAAGGGAGUAAACAGCAAGACGGCCAGGGAACAGGUGAUGAAGCAUCCAGGGGGGUAAAGAGAAGUUUGGACGAGGAUGAGGAAUACGAUUGA